AUGUUCAAUGAAAGACACAAUAUCCAAACUAUUCACACGAAAUACGUUUUGGAUGGCAAAGCAACGAUUGCUUUCAAGAAGCCCUCACUGAAUCUGUUGAUUAAAUGUGAUCCCAUUCAGCUGAAGGGAUUCCUGCAGACGCUUAAACUGGGUAUGGAAGGCAAGGAUGUCAUCAAUUUGAGACUAAAUACAGUCACUGCCAUGGCACAAAAAUCAAAGUUACAGACGAAAAUGGCUAUAAAUCGUCACAGUGACUAUCCCAUCAAGGUCUUUCCUCGAUAUCUACAAUCCCUAACAAUAGACAAUACGCAAUCGGUUAAAUUGAGCUAUCAUAUAUGCUCCUUACGGAAUCUAACCCACCUGGAUGUAUCCAACAAUAAGUUGCGUAAGUUACCUGUUGAACUGGGGAGAUUACACUUGAGCAAGCUCGUCCUCCAUGACAAUAAUCUGGGUGAAAUGGAUGAUUGGUCAUUUCUAAAUGGCAGCAAAUUACGAGACUCCCUGCGCGAAUUGGAUUUAUCGGCCAACGAUUUGACAUGUUUGCCUUUGCCUGUGGGUCUCAAUGUCUUGGAGGCUCAUCGCCUGGCCUUUGCUUCCGAUGCGGACGGAGCUUCAACUCAUUCGCCUGAACCUCUCUGGCUUCAAGCUGUGGCCUAA